GGAGGAGAUUUUGAGCCUUGUUAGACUUGCCUUGGCACAUCUGUGGUUCCUGCAGGAUUGAUCACCUUGGAGCUGGACAAAGGGAGCCUUGGAGCUAAGAACCAAUUCCGGGUAGAGCACGCAUGCGCAGCCCAGUGUCGCCUAGCAACAAGCAUCAACACUGACCCUCAGAGGCCAGUGUAGUUUGCCACACGUAAGGAGCCACUGCUUCUUGAGACUUGACUCCGCGCAGGAUGGGUAAAAAAAUAAAGAAGGAAGUUGAACCUCCCCCUAAGGAUGUGUUUGACCCACUCACAACUGAAAUCAAAAAAGCGGCCACUGUGGUACUGAUGCUCAAGUCUCCAGAGGAAGACAUCUUAGCCAAAGCUUGUGAAGCCAUCUAUAAGUUUGCUCUGAAAGGUGAGGAGAAUAAAGCAACUCUCCUUGAACUUGGAGCUGUGGAGCCUUUGACCAAACUGCUCACCCACGAAGACAAAAUUGUGAGAAGAAACGCUAUGAUGAUCUUUGGUAUUCUGACUUCUAACAGUGAUGUCAAGAAGCUCUUGAGAGAGUUAGAAGUUAUGAAUUCUGUGAUUGCUCAGCUCUCCCCAGAAGAAGAAGUCGUCAUCCAUGAGUUUGCUAGUCUUUGCCUUGCGAACAUGUCUGCAGAAUACACAGGGAAAGUACAGAUACUUGAGCAUGGUGGGCUGGAGCCACUCAUCAGACUGCUGAGCAGCUCGGACCCGGAUGUGAAGAAGAAUUCUAUUGAGAGCAUCUACAACUUGGUACAGGAUUUUCAGUGUCGGACUGCACUUCAAGAACUAAAUGCAAUCCCUUCGAUAUUAGAACUUUUGAAGUCAGAGUACCCCAUUAUCCAGCUGCUGGCUCUCAAAACUUUGGGUGUCAUCACAUGCGAUAAGGAGGCUCGGACGAUGCUGAAGGAAAAUCAAGGGCUGGACCACCUCACCAAGAUCCUGGAUACCAAGGAAUUGAAUGACCUUCAUGUGGAAGCACUCUCUGUGAUCGCCAACUGCCUGGAGGAUAUGGACACCAUGGUGCUGGUGCAGCAGACAGGGACCCUCAAAAAAAUCCUGUCAUUCGCAGAGAGCUCCACAAUUCCUGACAUUCAGAAGAACGCAGCCAAAGCUAUUGCCAAAGCAGCGUAUGAUCCUGAAAAUAGAAAAGUUUUUCACGAACAAGAGGUUGAAAAAUGCCUGGUGACUCUCCUGGGGUCUGACAGCGAUGGAACCAAGAUUGCUGCUUCCCAAGCUAUUUCAGCCAUGUGUGAGAACUUGAGCUGCAAAGAAUUUUUUAACACCCAGGGGAUUCCACAGAUAGUGCAGUUGCUCAGAAGCGACAAUGAGGAGGUGAGGGAAGCAGCUGCACUGGCCCUGGCAAACCUGACGACCAGCAGCCAUGCAAAUGCCAAUGCUGCUGCAGAAGCAGAUGCCAUUGACCCGCUGAUUAACAUCCUGUCGAGCAAGCGGGACAGAGCUGUUGUCAAUGCUGCCACAGUGCUGACCAACAUGGCCACACAAGAGCCUCUGCGAGCUAUCAUCCAGAACCAUGAAGUAAUGCACGCACUGCUGGGCCCCCUACACUCCACCAACACCUUGGUGCAGAGUACCGCAGCACUCACCGUGGCUGCCAUUGCCUGCGAUGUGGAAGCCCGCACAGAGUUGAGGAACUGCGGUGGUCUGGAGCCCCUGGUUGGGCUCCUGCACUCCAAGAAUGUCGAGGUACGAAGGCAUGCCAGCUGGGCUGUGAUGGUCUGUGCCGGCGAUGAGCUGAUGGCUGUUGAGUUAUGCAGGCUCGGGGCCCUAGAUAUCCUUGCAGAAAUUAAUCAAUCAUUAAGCCGGAAAAAUAAAUUCAGUGAGGCAGCCUAUAACAAAUUGCUAAACAACAAUCUUUCUCUGAAAUACAGCCAGACUGGCUAUUUGUCAUCAAGCAACAUAAUUAGCGAUGGAUUCUAUGAUUAUGGUCGGAUAAAUCCUGGCACCAAACUUUUGUCACUGAAGGAACUGUGCUUACAGGAACUGAAUGAUCGACGUGCUAUUCUAUUAGUCAACAAUAAAUCUGAUACCUCUCCACCUCCGUCUAUGGAGGAUAAAUCGUCAGACGUUGGCUAUGGACGAAGCAUUUCUUCUUCAUCUUCCUUAAGAAGGGCAAGCAAGGAGAAGGCCAAUGCUGGAUUUGGAUCUCCCACAGAAGAAAAAUCAGAGCCAGCAUCAGGCCGGAACACUGUCCUUAGCAGGGGUGUCACCAAAGAGAAGGGAGCAAGUAAAAAGAAAAGUAGACUUCAGUUGAUUUGUUCCUCUUACCUUCUGUGGAAAGGGAAAGGAAAAAAAGAAGAAGAGAAAGUGAAAGAGGAAGAAGAGAUCCUGGCAGUGCCCAAGCUCAUGGAAGGCAUCCCUGAAAAAGAGUGGUACCCACCUCCUGACCCUGAGUUCUGUGUGUAUGUACUUGAGGUGACCAAGUCAAUACUGCCCAUUGUCAACAUUAAGGAACAGAUUGAGGUUCUUGCCAAGUAUGUGGCAGAUAAAAUGGGCGGUAAGAUUCCAAAAGAGAAGCUAGCCGAUUUCAGCUGGGAACUUCAUGUAAGUGAGUUGAAAUUUCAACUGAAAUCCAAUGUCGUGCCAAUUGGAUACAUCAAGAAGGGAAUCUUUUAUCAUCGAGCGUUGCUUUUCAAGGCACUGGCUGAUAAAAUCGGGGUAGGCUGCAGCCUGGUGCGUGGUGAGUACAGCCGAGGGUGGAAUGAAGUGAAGCUGGUGAACGAGGCUCGGAAAGGCGUGAUCGGGAACCUGCCCCCACCCGAAGAUUACAUCGUGGAUCUCAUGUUUCACCCGGGGAGCCUGCUGAAGCUGCGCAGCAAAGAGGCCGACCUCUACUGCUUUCUGUAGUCACCAGAGGAACACAAGAGCACCCAAGCCAGCAAUUGUCUUCACAUGUUUUCUAAGGGGGGCUUUUGCCGAUUAGAUAAUUUCAAAUAAAAGUAUUAGAAAUGGUUCUGUGUAGA